CCCCAGCUCCCUGUACGCCUUCCUAUCAGCCCGCUAGACCCACCGUCUGCGCAGCGCAACAUCGAGGUGCUCACUUUGAGUCUGGGGGGAGGCUGACGUUCUUUGUAACCAUGACACGAAGAGUGGAAUCGGAUACUGCCAAGAGUAGUUGGAGGCAAGUCAAGGUGCCAGUGUUCGGGGUGGCGGUGCUGCUGCUUGUCGGUUUUGUUCCGAUUGCUGCUGCUGUUCCAUUUGAAGUAAAAGAUAAAACAAGUAUAACAUGCAUAUUGGCUGAUUUGUCCAUCAAUUUUACUGUGCCAUACAGCAAAGCUUCAAAAACGGAACUGGCUACAUUUGUGUUGCCAUCGAAUGCCGUUGCAGAUGUUAACAAAAGCUCUUGUGGUGAUGUAAAUAACACUGUGCCAGUUUUAGCUAUUCAGUUUGGAUCUGGUCACUCACUGAAUAUUACUUUUGGAAGGACCAAUACAAAGUAUCAAGUUGCUGAACUGGUUAUGUCCUACAAUUUGUCUGACAAAAUCUUAUUCCCAGAUGCAUCUGAGAACGGAACCAAAACUGUAUCCACAAACAAUACUGCCGUAUCAGCUGAGAAUGGCACUGUGUACAAAUGCAUUAAUCCACAUCUUAUUAGAAUGGAUAAUGUCAGUGCAACAUUUCAUGAUAUACAGCUUGAAGCAUACCUAAAGCAGGGUAACUUCAGUCAGAAAGUAAGCACAUGCAGUGAGGAUGUUACCCCUACAUCAGCCCCAACCCCUGCACCAACACCAACCCAUGCACCAGCACCACCUUCAGAUCCCCCUGUGGUGCAGUAUGUGGUAAAUGGAAGCUCAGGACCUUGCCUUUUGGCUAAAGUGGGCUUGCAGAUGAAUGUCACUUACAUCACUAAAGAUGGCAAGAAUGGAACUUACGUGUUUAAUAUCGAUUCAAAAGGUGUGGCUGUUGAUGGAAACUGCACUAAUACAACCGCAUCCCUAUUUCUCUCUUCUGGUUCAGUGCAUCUUACAUUUAAUUUUACCUUGGUGAGUACAUUGGGGCACAACAGAAACUUGAGAUCUCCACGUACCUUUCCAUUUCUUACGUUACUAAUAAAACAGAACAGUCUGUAAUGACCUCUUAUUAGAAGCCUAAAAAACUUUUAAUAUAUUUAAAAAAAUAUAUAUAAAUGAUGAGGAUGAUAAAUGUAUUUUGUUGUGGUGUUAAGGGUUUUAACUGCAGGCCAGAUAUUUUGCUGCUUUAUUAAAGCCUUUAUUUUUUUUAGGUACCUGUCAUGUGUCCAGUGUUAGCCAACUAUUACAUUUCAAAUAGAUGACCAGUAUAUCUACUGUCUCUAGGCUUGUAUAUGACUCUGUAUAAAUAUAUUUCUAAAGAGAAAGAUGGAAUAAUUACUCUCAGAAGUAGUGAAUUCAGCUAGUCAGUUCUGUAAGAGACAUAUCAGACCAAGCAUUUUAUCAGCUGCCAUAGGUGCACCAACCAACUUUGUUCUGCCCCAGCAGGUACAGCAUAGGCCUGUGAGCUAACAUGCUGGGCACACUUCAGCAAAAGAAUGCAUACUUUCAUCUUACCACUCUGAAGUCUUCUUCUCUGGUAUAGAUAUGCUAGCAGAGACACAAGGGCUCAUUUAUAUUCACAGAUGCAGUGAGCAAAGUGCAGUGUUGAUCUGCAAUCACCGUAUUUUUUAUUCCCCCACAAUGCAGCAUUUUUUUCCAAGAAUUAGUCAUUGUGGGCAUUGUGUCUGAAGCAGUUAUAUGCAUCUGGCACAGUUGUGUCCGAUUAUAUGGAAGUGCACAUAUCACAUUUUUACGUGGAGCACUCGCAUAGCACCUGAUCUGGAAACUGGCACUUAUUAUUGUAGUGUCACCCACUGUGACCUACAGCACUUAUAUUUGCCUACUUGUGUCUGUAAGUUACCCUCCCAUAUAGAUUGUAGGCUCUAUGGGGCAGGGACCUCCAUCCUCUUGUGUCUUUGACUCUUAACUUAUUGCAACUGUAUCUUGUAUUUAUCUAUUAACUUCAUAAUCCCGUUUGUAUUAAUGUAUUCUACUGUACAGCGCUUUAUAAGUAAAGUUACACAUACAUACAUACAUACAUACAUACAUACAUACAUACAUACAUACAUACAUGCAAGUACCUUUUAAUGAAAGUGAUUUUAGGUGCAACCCACUGCGGGGAAACUUGGAGGAGCCCUAAUGACUGUUGGCCUUUAAAAUGUGGUAAUAUUUUAUCAUUUCUACUCUUCAUAUCGAUAUCUGAAGGGUGUGCCAAAAAGUUGAAAUAGUCAGAGUAUUUUUGAGAUUGGGUUUGAAUUAAUUGUUUUCUCUGCUUUACAGAAUAACAGCCUGGAUGUGUUUUACCUUGAUGGCGUGAGCUUAAACACAGACUUGCCUGCAGACGCCAAUGAUACACGUAGUUUUCAUGCAGAGAACAGCAGCCUGAAUUACAUGCAGACUAAUGCGCAUAAAUCCUUCAAGUGCAACUCCAAGCAGCCUCUCCAGAUCACAAGCAAUUUUACUGUUAACACAUACAAUCUUCAAGUCCAGGCUUUUAAUAUCGAUGGCACCAAGUUUGCAACUCCUGUAGAAUGCUCUCUGGAUGAAAAUGGGAUGCUGGUGCCCAUUGUGGUGGGAGCUGCUCUCGCUGGACUUGUUUUAAUUGUUCUCAUUGCUUAUCUGAUUGGCCGAAAGAGAAGUCAUGCUGGAUAUCAAACAAUAUAAUGGCCACCAAGUGUCGUUGUACCACUGAGGAGCAACAUAGAAUUGCAGUGAGCUAAUCUUUUGUUUGGAUGAGGAUUCCUAUCAGUGUGAGCACGUAUUCACACCAACUGCUAUUUUAAUGUGAACUCGCUGGCACUGCAUAUGAUGACUAUGCACUGAAGAUCCAUGAUUGAAUUAAUGAUUUAUUUUUAUUUUUUAGAAGCGAUUCUUUCCCAGUGUAGGAGACAUAGCUGCAAGCACUUUUUAAUAAAGCAAAACAAGAAUUCGUAGAUUUGGGUGAAGUCUUUUUUACAGAAGUGCUCAGUCAAGUAAUCAACUUCCUGCAGAAUUCUCACUUUUAAAGGGAAAUGUAACGACUAGAGUGAAAUCCUGCAGAUUCCUCUGCAUUUUAUAAUCCGCAGAACACGACUGAUGUAACAUUAUUGGGGUUCAGCUGCUCAUAACUUUCUUUUAAAACAAAAGCCAAUGCCACAAGGUUGCAGGGCAUUAACGCCGCAGUACUCAAUUGAUUCUAAAUCUGGUUUGCUAUUCUAGGUACUCAUUACUUUUCUAAAAUGAGUGUAACUUAUGGUUUCCCUUUUCCAUUUCUUUCUGCUAUACACAGUGUCUUUGUUUGUUUUUUCUGCACAUAUGUACAGUACAGAUUUGUAUAUGCAGAUGCCUAGCUUCAUUCUUUGGUUGGGGUUGUUCUCUUUAAGAAGUGUGUGUGUUUGCAUUGCCUUAACAAUGCUAAUAAAAUACUUUGUUUUCUUUA